UUGUUUCAGGGUUUCCAUCAGGAUGGUCACACAGCGAUGACGCCUAGCAAGAAGAUGGAGUCCAAGGGUACACAGAUACACUUGCCGCUGAUGGGGCGAGGAAGCCGUGGUGAGAUCAGCGAAAAAGUGAUGUUCACUCAAGUUAAGACUCCGGAUCAGCUCAAUAAUGGACAGUUGUCAGCUGGCUCACAGAUGAAUCUUUGUAACGGUGGUGCGGGAGCAAUGACUGGUUUGGUUCCAAAAGUGCCUAACAGUGAAGGCGAUCAGAAGAAGCCUAUGGCUUCUCUGACGCAUCUACCGAAACGACCUCCAGUAGACAUAGAAUUCCUGGACCUGUCAUAUUCAGUCAGCGAAGGAAGAAAGAGAGGCUAUAAAGCACUCCUAAAAGGCAUCAAUGGGACCUUCCGUUCGAGCGAAUUGACAGCGAUCAUGGGACCUUCGGGGGCUGGCAAAAGUACGCUGAUGAACAUUCUAGCAGGAUAUAAGACUUCAAAUGUAAGUGGCUCAAUUCUUAUAAAUGGAAAGGAGAGAAACCUGCGACGUUUUAGGAAAUUGUCCUGUUAUAUAAUGCAGGACGACUGUCUCCUUCCGCAUCUCACAGUCAGAGAAGCUAUGUACGUCUCUGCGAAUCUGAAACUCGGUAAAGAUAUGACUAUAAAUGCUAAAAAGAUAGUCAUCGAUGAAAUAUUAGAGAUGUUGAGUCUCGUGGAAGCUGGUGAUACAAGAACUAUAAAUCUGUCCGGUGGUCAGAAGAAGCGAUUAUCUAUAGCAUUAGAAUUAGUGAAUAAUCCACCUGUGAUGUUUUUCGAUGAGCCUACAUCUGGACUGGACAGCUCUUCGUGUUUUCAAUGUAUAUCGUUAUUGAAGUCCUUGGCCAGAGGAGGCAGAACGAUUAUUUGCACCAUCCAUCAACCGUCCGCCAGGCUGUUCGAAAUGUUUGAUUACUUAUAUACGUUAGCUGAAGGCCAGUGUAUAUAUCAAGGGUCCGUCAGAGGUUUAGUGCCAUUUUUAUCGUCCAUGAGUCUACAUUGUCCCAGUUAUCACAACCCAGCUGAUUAUGUGAUGGAAGUAGCAACUGGCGAGCAUGGAGACUGGGUCCACAAACUGGUGAUGGCUGUUAACAAAGGAAACUGUGGCCGCGGACAGUCAUCGACGUCGUCUUCAUCAUCAUCAGUACCACAGAACUGUAAUUACAACAACCAGACGAAAAACAACGUCAAGAAAGAAGCCUUGGAGAUAGUUAUCGAUAAACCAACCUGCACUGUGAUAGAUAUGUCAGAGCCGACUCUGAAUACAGAGAAACAGAACGCCUUACCGAACUCAACCAACCUGGCUCCUGUCACUUGCACCACCUCACUCCUGGACUCCAGUGAAAGUUUCACUAAGAAACCUCAGAACACGGGCUUCCCUACGUCAGGGUGGAAGCAAUUUUGGAUCUUAUUGAAACGGACGUUCAGGAGUAUAUUACGAGAUCCCAUGCUGACUCAUUUAAGGCUAUGUUCGCAUACAGUCGUGGGUCUGUUGAUCGGGUUCUUGUAUUAUGAUAUCGGUCAAGACGCCGCGAAGGUGAUGAGUAACGCUGGAUGUAUAUUCUUCACUGUGAUGUUCACAAUGUUCACGGCUAUGAUGCCCACUAUUUUAACAUUCCCAACUGAGAUGAGUGUGUUUGUGAGGGAGCAUUUAAACUACUGGUACUCACUAAAAGCUUUCUACUUCGCUAAGACUAUAGCAGAUUUACCGUUUCAGAUCGUGUUCAGCGGCGUGUACGUGAUCAUAGUUUAUUUCAUGACGGGCCAGCCGAUGCAGACGGACCGCGUGUUAAUGUUCACGACCAUCAACAUCCUCACGGCGUUAGUUGCUCAAUCUCUUGGCUUAUUGAUCGGCGCCGCCAUGAAGAUUGAGACCGGAGUAUAUUUGGGUCCGGUCACGACUAUUCCAGUCGUACUAUUUUCCGGAUUCUUCGUCAACUUCAACGCGAUCCCCAGCUAUCUUCAAUGGCUGACGUACUUGAGUUACGUCAGAUACGGCUUCGAAGGUGCUAUGUUAUCGGUGUAUGGUUUCGGCAGAGAGAAGCUCCAUUGCUCUUUGCCGUAUUGUCACUAUAGAUCCCCGAGCCUAUUCCUUAAAGAGAUGACGAUGGACAAAGCUAACUUCUGGGUGGAUGUCGGCGCGUUGUGCGGUUUCUUUGUAUUUAUUAGAGUUAUCUCCUAUCUAGUGCUAAGGUUCAAGUUGAAGAUGAUGCAGUAG